GUGAUUCUUGUUCGUACUGCACGUUGUAGAGCAGCAUGGCCUGCAGUCCGUGCUGGGUGUAAGAUAGCAGAUGUCUGUAGAGAUGGUGGAGGUCUCAGUGAGACCAACGCAGCCCCCCCGGCCUGCCGGGAUCCUGCAACAGAACCGGGUCUUCCUCGACUUCUUCUGGGACCUGGCCAAACCGGAGCAGGAGGUCCGGCUGAAGGCGGUGGAGAACCUGAUCCAGUACCUGAAAACAGAAAACAAGGCUGAUGAGCUGGAAUACACCUUUAAAAGGCUGGUGGACGGACUGGCCCACACUCGGGAGGCAGCCAGACCUGCGUUCAGUCUGGCUCUGGGCCAGGUGUUAAACGCCUUUGAAGAUGUCUCCUUGCAGAGCAUACUCCAGAGGAUCAAAGAAAAACAUAACCUGCAAGCUGUGAAAAAGAAACUUGCCAGAAAUGCCAUGUUUGGAAACCUGUUUGGCGUCCUCGCUCUUCAUCAGUCGGGACGCCUCGUCAAAGAGCCCCAGGUGGUGCUGGGAUGUGUGCAGCUCCUUCAGAGCCUGAGCCAGCACAAAGAGCACCUAAAGGACCUACCCAGCAAGACCAUGACAGACAUCCUCACUGAGAUACCAGAGGUGGUGUUUGAGGAGGUUCUGCUAAGCGCUCUGCAAGCUGACUUGGCGUCGGCCUUUAGGACUCCGGAGCAACUCCACCUGCUGCUGGUGGCGCUGCAGCGCUUCCCACAGACGCUUAAACCAAAGAAGCUUAAGAAGCUCCUCGGCUCCUCCACCAUCAUCAAUGCAGACAACAUCCCAAAGUUAGUGGAGGUGUUGAAGAUGGCAGCCCGCUCUGUGAAAAAGGACCUUGCUCUGCCCUCUGUGGCCUUGGACCUACUGAAGCUCUCCUUGAAGGAAGACAGCUUCCAGCUUUUCUGGAAGAAAGCCAUCACUGAGGGAAUGUUCAAGGAGCCGUCCGGACCGACACAUUUCCUGAGCUUCCGUCUGCUGGGCAGCGCACUGCCUCUGCUCUCCUUAUCCCAACUACAGGAGGUUUUAUCCGGAGAGGUGAUGUUGCACUACGGUGAACACGUAGUUUCAGCUCAGAAACCGGACCGCUUUAAAUUGGCCCCGGAGAUGGAUGCCUACGUGUCUGACUUCCUGCAAGGCUGUAAGGACUCUGAAAAACAGCAGGCUGUCAUGGUGAGAUUCUCCUCUCUGACCAACAAUGGCUACCCAGUGGUGCCGUCGGUGUGGAGGACGGUGCAGCACCUGGAGCCUGCCGCUCUGCAGAGCUACGUGGACUGGCUCAAAGAGAUGUUCCUGCAGCCUCGGACCGACCAGUUGCUUGACUUCAGCACCCGCAAGCAGAAAGACAAGCAAGAUACCAAAGAGCAGAAAGAAAGCCCAAUAUUCCGCCUGAGGAGGUGGAUUGUCGCCCGCCUCGCUUCAAUUAUUGACAACCAAUACGUGAAAAAGACGGAGGAGCUUUGCAUGGACGUGGCCAGAUUUGUCUUUUUCCAUGCUUUCUUUACCACUAAGAAAGCUCCCGCCUCCAACAUCGCAGAAACAAGCGGGAAACUUUCUGUCCCACUGGACGAUAAAACCAGAGCAGCUCUUGUUAAUUCAUUCUUUGGACUCCUCCUGUCCAUGCGCCACAUGCAGCUCAGCGAAGACAGCACGGCCGUCAAUCAGAAGCGAUCGCUCGGUGUUGCCGCGGACGGCACCAUGUGGAUCGACCACCUGGCCCAGUACGCCCAGCUCCUGCUCAGCCAUCCCAAAAACGUCCAAAAGGUCCAACCAUUCAGUGCCGAGCAGAAACAGGCCUGGGAGGGCAUGCUGGAGUCUGUGGCAAAUAUGAAGAAAAAGUCCAAAAAAGGCUGGACAGCAGAAAGCGGAGCGUUCCAGCAGCUCUUCCUGCUGGUCGGCAUGCACCUCUUCAAGGCUCCAGAUGAGCUGCUGGACAUUAUGAAGGACCUGCAGAGCUGCAUGGACAAAGCCCAGGAAAAAAAGACCAAGAAGAAGAAACAACAAGAGCAGCCAGAGGAGCCAGAGUGGGUGGAGGUGAUGGUGGACAUUCUGCUGUCCCUGCUGUCCCAGCAGAGCCGACACAUCAGGAAGGUCUGCAGGACGGUCUUCGCCUCCAUCUGCCCCCAUGUCACUGCAGCAGCCCUCACCGCCAUCUUGGAUGUCUUGGACCCAGACAAGGAGGACGAGGAAGACGGUGCUGUAAUCGUCACUGAUGAUGGAGACAAAACACAAAAGGAUGAUGAGGAUGAUGAUGAUGUGGAGGAAGAGGAGGAGGAGGAGGAAGAAGAUGAAGAUAUGGAGGAUGACGAGUCAGAAGAUGAUUCUGAUGAGGAGGAAGCGAUGGAGGACGAUGAAGAUGGUGAAGAGAUGGAGGAGGGAGAAGUGGAUCAAAAUUUCCGCCUGGAGCUGAUGAAGGUUCUUCAGCAAAAGAAUGCUCUGGCUACUGAGGAGGACGCCAGCAGUGAUGAAGACCUGGAUGAUGAUGCCAUGAUGAAGCUGGAUCAGAGCCUGUCAGCGCUGUUCUCUGAGCAGAAGAAGAAGAUUCAGGCAAAGAGAGAUGAGAAGACAAAUUUCCAGAAGGAACGGGCUCUGGUCCGAGACUUUAAGAUAAAGGUGUUGGACCUCAUUGAGGUGUUUGUGGCCCGGCAGGCCCGCAGCCCCCUCAUUCUAGGAUUAGUGGAGCCUCUGCUCAACAUCGUCGACAGAGGAAUGAGCUCUGGGAGCGACCAGCAGGAGCAGGACUUCCUCAGGAGGGCCGCAGAUAUCUUAGAGAACCAGCUGUGCAGGUCCAAAGUUUACUGCAGGACCGCCGGUGACAGGCAGGGGGAGCUCCACGACCUGCUGGACAAACUGAUGAGUAAAGCCAAGAAGCUGUCGGACUCCUCUGUGUGUCUCUAUUACUUCAGCGCUUCUCUUUAUGUGGUGAAAAUGCUGCGUGGAGCUUUACCUGCUGAGACCAAAGAAGAGCCGACAGCUGACGGAGCAGCAGCGGCAGCAGUAAAUGAUCCGAAGUUUAUGGGGAAUGUGGAUGUGGAUCGAGUGUCGAGCCUCUUCAGAGAGGCGCUGGUCUCCUUUAUGAGCAGAAGGAAAAGCCCACUGACCUCUCAGAUGUUCUCUGACCUGUUCACCAGAUUCCCCGUAUUAUGUGUGAAUCUCUUGGAUACAGCUGUGCAGCACAUCACCGCAGGAGUCCGAGAGCAUCAGCAGGGCCAAGCUUGUGUGUUGGUGCUGCGGGCGAUGCAGAACGGAGAUGUGAAGAAGAUCCUGAGUGCUGAUGAGUGGACGCUCCUCUGUGAGAAAGUUUUGAAGCAGCUGGCUUUGAGUAUUGGUCAGGUUGGCCAAGCUGAGAGCAAAGUGGCCAAAGAGAAGCUGGUUAUAAACCUGGAGCUCUGUCAGUUUGUUGUGAAACACGUUCGUCAACAGAAACUGUCUGUGGAUCUAGAGCCCCUGAAGAAGGUCCUACAGUCAUUGAUCAAUAAUGUCACAUUCAAAAAGACUGGGAAACUGGAGGACACGUACUGGGCUGUGAUGAAACAUUUUGGAGUGAUGAAGCCCAAGGUUGAAAAGGCGGAGCCAGACAAGGACGGCGAGCAGGAGGCUGCUCCCAAGAAGAAGAAAGGAUUUCUGCCAGAAACAAAAAAACGUAAAAAGCGAAAUAAACCUGUUCUAGAACCAGCGGGAGACAAGUCCGCCUCCUCCGGCAAACCAGGGGAGCAGAAGGGACAAGCGAAAAAGAAACAGGACAAGAAGGCUAAACAGAAACGACCUGCCGAUGCCGCAAACGCUGCACAGUCCAACCCGGCCAAGAAGAGCAAAACACAACCUGACAGCAAAGCUGGCAAGAAGAAGAAGAAACCCAAGCAGAAGAAAAAAGGAGGGCAAAUAUAAGAGGGACUAUUUAAACUUGGAUGGAAAGCGAUCCUUUUAAACGGCCGUUUAUUUUUUACUUCUUUAGCUUUGAAUGUUUAAUGUUUAAUCAGACAUACUUAAGGAAAAAAAAAAGAA